CUCUCUCUCUCUCUCUCUCUCUCUCUCUCUCCCCCCAGUCUUCCUCUUCUUCAUCCCUUCUUCUUGCCAAUGACACCAUGAACCCGUCCGCCGCUUGUUGCUAAGGAGGGAGCCAAGCCGGCGGAAAGGAGCGCAGCGGACAGGACCGGCCGCUCUUUGCUUUCUAAGGUUGGAUUUAGUUCCACCUGUGCUGUGGCUCCAUUCGUGGUCGUUGUUGUCAUAAGGCGUCGUCGCCCUUGGUCUGAGUGAAGAUGGCCGAGGGCUCCAAAGAGCGGGUCGGCGUGGGCCUCACGGAUCCAGAUGAGGACUCUCCAAACAUGAUUGUCUACAGAAAGAUUGAGAACAUCGUCUCAAGAAUACAAGAUGAGAAAGCUGGAGGUGUCGCCAUCCGUACUGUCAAAAGCUUCCUGUCCAAAAUCCCCAGUGUGGUAUCAGGGGUGGACAUUGUUCAAUGGCUGAUGAAAAAUCUCUCGAUAGACGAUCCAGCUGAGGCCAUCCACUUGGGAAGUCUGAUUGCUGCUCACGGCUACAUCUUCCCCAUCUCUGACCACGUCCUGGCGCUCAAAGAUGACGGCACCCUUUACCGCUUUCAGGUGACCGAAUCCCCACGUGCAUUCUUAGGCCAUCGGAAUAACAAGUCUCCGUACUACUGGCCUUCAAACUGCUGGGAGCCUGAGAACACAGACUAUGCCAUCUACCUGUGCAAGCGCACCAUGCAGAACAAAGCCAGGCUGGAGCUCGCCGAUUAUGAGUCUGAGAACCUUGCCCGACUGCAGCGGGCUUUCGCCAGGAAGUGGGAGUUCAUCUUCUUGCAGGCCGAAGCUCAAGUCAAAAUUGACAGAAAGAAGGACAAGGCAGACAGGAAGGUCCUGGAUAGCCAAGAGAGGGCCUUCUGGGAUGUCCAUCGACCAGUGCCAGGCUGCGUCAACACCACCGAGAUGGACAUCCGCAAGUGUCGCAGAGAAAAGAACCCACACAGGGUGAAAAGGUCAGUUUACGGGGUGCCAGAUGACAGCCAGAGCCAGCCAAGUCCAGUUCACAUCAGCUCUACGCCAGCCAGAAAACUCACCCAAGAGGACGUUGAGAAGGAGAUCAGCUUCCUCAACCUCCAGCUUGGCCGCCACUGCAUGAAGGUUUCCAAAGUGGCCGAGAGUCUCAUGGGCUACACCGAGCAGUUCUUGGAGUACGACCCGCUUGUAUCGGCCGUUGAGCCCUCCAACCCCUGGAUCAGUGACGACACCACCUUCUGGGACCUGGAGGCAAGUCACGACCCCACCCAGCAGCGAGUGAAGAAGUGGGGCUUCUCCUUGGAGGAAGCGCUCAAAGACCCAGCAGGAAGAGAUCAGUUCCUGAAGUUCCUGGAGACUGAAUUUAGCUCGGAGAACUUGCGAUUUUGGUUGGCAGUGCAGGAUCUGAAGCGCCAGCCGUUGCAGGAUGUCCCCGCCAGAGCGCAGGAGAUCUGGCAGGAGUUUCUAGCCGAGGGGGCGCCAAGUUCUAUCAACCUGGACUCUCACAGCUUUGAGCGCACCAGCCAAAACCUGAAAGACCCCGGGCGCUACAGCUUUGAGGAUGCUCAGGAGCACAUAUUCACACUCAUGAAAAGUGACAGCUAUGCACGCUUUUUGCGAUCCGGCAUCUACCAAGACCUCCAGUUUGCUAGAAAGAAGCAACAACCUGCAGACCCUGAACAAGGCCGCCGCACCUCCUUGGAGAAGUUCACGCGCAGUGUGGGCAAGUCAUUGACUGGCAAACGUCUAUCGGGGUUGAUGCAGUCAUCCUGACACACUCUGUUUGUGGGGGGCACUUUGAGCUCCUUAAUGGGGGGCAACCAAACGGGACUGGGCUGGUCGUCAGAACUCAAACGCCACCACUAUACAACUCACGCAGCACUGGGCCGGCCUACUGGGAUGGGAUCCAAGGCCAGAUGCAACCAAACGGGACUGGGCUGGUCGUCAGAACUCAAACGCCACCACUAUACAACUCACGCGGCACUGGGCCUACUGGGAUGGGAUCCAAGGCCAGACUCGGUGACUGGAAAUGAGCGCUGACAGGAGGGGAAGUACCACGUGACACUUCAACGAAGCCUCUUUAAACAACGGGUUAUUUGGUGGAUAAGCGGAUACAUUUAUAUUUUAUAUCGCUGUUUACUGUGUAUGUCUGUCUUAUUAAAAGCACAUUUGGAAAAUAAA